AUGGCAUACAAUGAUAAGUGCCAUGUAGGGAUAUGUCCAUGGGAUAGGGAUUACAAUGAUGAGUGCCAUGUAUGGGAGGAGGGUUACUUGAUAAAUAGGGCAUACAAUGAUAAAUGCUAUGUAGAGAUAUGUCCAUGGGAUAGGGAUUACAAUGAUGAGUGCCAUGUAUGGGAGGAGGGUUACUUGAUAAAUAGGGCAUACAAUGAUAAAUGCCAUGUAGAGAUAUGUUCAUGGGAUAGGGAUUACAAUGAUAAGUGCCAUGUAUGGGAGGGUUACUUGAUAAAUAGGGCAUACAAUGAUAAGUGCCAUGUAGGGAUAUGUCCAUGGGAUAGGGAUUACAAUGAUGAGUGCCAUGUAUGGGAGGAGGGUUACUUGAUAAAUAGGGCAUACAAUGAUAAAUGCCAUGUAGAGAUAUGUCCAUGGGAUAGGGAUUACAAUGAUGAGUGCCAUGUAUGGGAGGAGGGUUACUUGAUAAAUAGGGCAUACAAUGAUAAAUGCCAUGUAGAGAUAUGUUCAUGGGAUAGGGAUUACAAUGAUAAGUGCCAUGUAUGGGAGGGUUACUUGAUAAAUAGGGCAUACAAUGAUAAGUGCCAUGUAGGGAUAUGUCCAUGGGAUAGGGAUUACAAUGAUAAGUGCCAUGUAUGGGAGGAGGGUUACUUGAUAAAUAGGGCAUACAAUGAUAAGUGCCAUGUAGGGAUAUGUCCAUGGGAUAGGGAUUACAAUGAUGAGUGCCAUGUAUGGGAGGAGGGUUACUUGAUAAAUUAAGGGCAUACAAUGAUAAGUGCCCUGUAGGGAUAUGUCCAUGGUAUAGGGAUUACAAUGAUAAGUGCCAUGUAUUGGAGGAGGGUUACUUGAUAAAUUAAGGACAUACAAUGAUAAGUGCCAUGUAGGGAUAUGUCCAUGGGAUAGGGAUUACAAUGAUAAGUGCCAUGUAUUUGAGGAGGGUUACUUGAUAAAUUAAGGGCAUACAAUGAUAAGUGCCAUGUAGGGAUAUGUCCAUGGGAUAGGGAUUACAAUGAUAAGUGCCAUGUAUGGGAGGAGGGUUACUUGAUAAAUAGGGCAUACAAUGAUAAGUGCCAUGUAGGGAUAUGUCCAUGGGAUAGGGAUUUCAAUGAUAAGUGCCAUGUAUUGGAGGGUUACUUGAUAAAUAGGGCAUACAAUGAUAAAUGCCAUGUAGGGAUAUGUCCAUUGGAUAGGGAUUACAAUGAUGAGUGCCAUGUAUGGGAGGAGGGUUACUUGAUAAAUUAAGGGCAUACAAUGAUAAGUGCCCUGUAGGGAUAUGUCCAUGGGAUAGGGAUUACAAUGAUAAGUGCCAUGUAUUGGAGGAGGGUUACUUGAUAAAUAGGGCAUACAAUGAUAAGUGCCAUCUAGGGAUAUGUUCAUAGGAUAGGGAUUACAAUGAUAAGUGCCAUGUAUUGGAGGAGGGUUACUUGAUAAAUAGGGUUUAUGAUGAUUAGUGCCAUGUAGGGGUAUGCCUGUAGGAAAAGGAUAUGACACGAACUGAGUUGGUCAGUUGGUAAUAUCUCACUUAAAGAGUCAUUCUAUAUUAGCACAUGGCCUUGGUAUUUGUACUUUCAAU